AUGUCAGCGGAGAAAAAGAUACCCCCCGAGAUGUUCGACCCAAAAUGCAAUAUGACCCCGGAAAUGACGGCAAAGCUCUACGACAACUGGUCUGGCGCUGUAGCAAAAGCCCUGGGCGGGUCGGACCGAGGGAAGGCCCGGGUUCUUGACGUGGGUGCCGGGACCGGAGCGUGCGGGGAAGAGGUGAGAAGGUCCGGGUUCUUGAUGUGGGGGCGGGGACGGAGCGUGCGGGGAAGAAGUGAGAAGGUCCGGGUUCUUGAUGUGGGUGCCGGGACCGGAGCGUGCGGGGAAGAGCUCGCGAAGUUGGGCUUUACCAACAUAGACGCUGUGGACGGGAGUCAGGGCAUGCUGAGCCAGGCCGAGGGGAAGCACAUCUACAACCGACUCAUCUGCGCCUUUGUCGGACCGAACCGUCUGGACAUCGAAGCCGACACCUAUGACGCCAUCGCUUGCAGCGCUGUUUUCGCACCCAACCACCUGAAGGAGGACUGCCUACCUGAGCUCAUACGGGUCGCCAAACCAGCCUCCGUCUCGCCCGCAGGUGGCUAUAUCAUCAUCACGCUCCGUGAGGAGUACCUGUACAUAGUGGAGGAUUACAUUAACAAGCUGGAGCCCGCCAUGGCCCGUCUGCAGGACGAGGGACUCUGGGAACGAGUCAGCCGGGAUGUCUUCAAGAUGUACGAGGUCGAAGACAAAGACGGGAUCACCUUCGUCUUCAAGGUCCUGUAGCGGGCGACAUUUCUGUUCAAAUAUGAUCACCUUCGUCUACAAGGUCCUGUAGCAGGCGACAUUUCGGCUCAAAUGUGAUCACCUUCGUCUACAAGGUCCUGUAGAAGGCGACAUUUCGGCUCAAAUGUGAUCACCUUCGUCUACAAGCACCUGUAGCGGGCGACAUUUCGGCUCAAAUGUGAUCACCUUCGUCUACAAGGUCCUGUAGCGGGAGACAUUUAGGCUCAAAUGUGACUUGCUAAAAAUAAAAGUUCAAUGAUUAGAUUCA